GGGCGGGACACGCGGGCGGGGCGGUGCGCGCUCCCCCACGUGGGCCUGUUCAUGGCGGUGCUCUCGUCGCUCUUCUUCUCGCUCUGCUCGCUCAUCGUCAAGGUGCUGGCAGACGUGAGUCCCAUGGAGCUGGCCGUUUUCCGCUUCGUGGGGAUUUUGCUGCCGACGCUUCCCUUGCUGAUCCGUCGAGGGGACCCGCCUUUCCCUCGAGGCCGCCGCUUAAUGCUUAUGCUUCGAGGCCUAGUUGGAGCUACGUCGCUGAUGCUCCAGUUCUACGCCUUCAGACACAUGCCUCUCGCCGACGCGUCCGUCAUUGUGUUCAGCGUGCCAGUGUUCGUGGCAGUGUUCGCGCGAGUGUUCCUCGGCGAGCCCUGUGGACUGUUCCAUGGCGUGGUCAUUCUGCUCACCCUCGCCGGCGUCAUUCUCAUUGCUCGGCCGCCGCUGCUCUUUGGCUCGCUCUCGGAUGCUUACACAACGGAGAACUGGUGGGGCGCGGCGGCUGCCAUAAGUGGCACGGUGGUAGCCGCCAACGUCUACGUGAUACUGCGAGUCUUGAAGGGCCUUCACUUCUCUGUGAUCAUGACCAACUUCGCUCUGGUGGCCCUGGUACUCACGCCCCUCGUGUCGUGGUUCAGCGGCGACGGGUGCGUACCACGCUGCGGGAACGAGCGCUAUCUCAUCCUCGCCAUCGGGAUUUUCAGCUUCGGUGGUCAGAUCCUGCUGACGAAGGCGCUGCAGUUGGAGCAGGCCGGCCCGGUGUCCAUCGCGCGGACAGCCGAUGUGGUCUUUGCGUUUAUAUGGCAAGCGAUCUUCUUCCAGGAAUUCCCCGACUCCCUGAGUCUGAUGGGAGCCUUGCUGGUGACAUCCUGCGUGUUUUUGACGGGACUGAGGAAAUGGGUCAUCUCCCUUCCUGAGACAUCGAGUGCGCGGCGGAGACUGCGCUGCCUCAUGUGCUGACUCCGGCCCUCCAGAAGCCGUGAGUGGAGCAGCAGCACAAGCUGCCAUGGCCAAGACUGCGUGGCCUUCCAUACUGGUAUGGCUGAGACACUGUGCGGCAUUAAAGACUGGUAUGAUUGAUAUCGCGUGGCUCUUCGGUACAGAUUGGUAUGGCUGAGACCAUAUAUUGCUAAGGAAGGGAAUUUGUGAGACUAUGUGUCCCCCAUAAGUAUAGAUUGUGUGGCCCUAUAGUCUGCCGUGGCCCAGACUGUGUAGUUCUACAGACUGGCACUGGAAACUGUGUGGCCCCAAUCUGCCAUGGUUGAGACUGUGUAGAUGUACAGAAUGGCUUUGUGGAUCCAGUGUGGCCCAAAAGACUGCCAUGGUUGAGACUGGUUCUACAGACUGACACCACUGAGAUUAUGUGGUCCAGUGAAUUGCCAUAGAUGAAACUGUGUGGCCCUCCAGUUUUGAUUGUUAAGGUUUUUUGACAUUGGCAAUUCUUAAAACUUUAAAUCUUACUUGGGGUUUUCUUCUAUUGUGAGGAGCAUGACCUGCUUCUCAGGUGACAUGAAUAGUUUACUGUAGGUAAGAAAGUUGGUAAUAAUUCUCUUUUCACAAAGAAAUUACAUAAAUUUCUUGAACAGGUAUUGCCUAACCCAUAUGAAAUGAAAGGCAGGAAUUAAUUGGGAACUAUGAAUAAAUAUCUGCAAUCAUAGCAGAAAAAAAUAUAUUAAACAAACAAAAAAGUAAUACAAAAUGAUAAUGGGUUGUUAUUUACCUGUGAACAUUAUAACUACUAGUUUCACCUUAGUCUUACCAUAAUGACACGUCCCUAUGGGCCUGUGUCGUAAACUCUGUUGAUUGCAGUACAGGCGUAGCUUUGCAGCACUGGACCUUAAAGGAUUAUCCUUAAUAAGGACUUAUUUAGCAGUAGUACUUUUAUUUUUACCCCAUUUUCACAUGUGUUUAAAAUUCCAGUUUGUUUUUGUGCAUAUUUUAUUUCUUGUUUCAAUACUAAUCUUAUGAUAGCCCUUUUUCAACAUCCUUCUGAUAAGCACAAUAAGCCUUUUUUGCUUUGAUUUAUGAGUUAUCCACUGUGUUAUAUGUUGCUCAUAGUAUCAUUAUUAUCUGCUAUCUCCUGUUUUUCCUGUGUGAAUAUCUUUCACGUCUUUCAACCAGCUACAACUUUCUACCUCAUUUCUCUUUGUGAAUAAAUAAAUAUUUCAAGUAAACAAGCACAUAAGCAUGCAUGCACACAGACAUACACACACAUACUGGUAAUAUACCAACGUAUAACUACAAAUAAUCUCUCUCUCUCUCUCUCUCUCUCUCUCUCUCUCUCUCUCUCUCUCUCUCUCUCUCUCUCU